CCAAACUGGCGGGAACCAAUUUCAGAAUAGCAUUGCAAUUUAUAUUUGUUUAAAAGUAGUGCCACCAUCAAAAUGCAAAAGUCUAUAACCUCCUUUUUCAAGAAGAAAUCCGAUGCCGCCGACAGCCCUUCGCCACCAAAAAAAGUUCCCAAGAUCGAGGCCAAAGCGGAACUGCCGGAUGAACCCAUCAUAAAGAGCGAGGAUGGCUCCCCGGAAAUAAAGCCAAAGGUUGAACGGAUGUCCGUGGACUCGGGGGAAAAGUCAAGUCCCUUGAAGGAGGUUAAAAAGGAGCAGGACUCCGAGGGCAAAACGACUGAUCGAAAGGUCACAACCAUAGGACUAAACUCCACUACCGCCAGCAAGGAGGAUAUGGAAAACUAUGAUCCCUCCGCCGAAUCCUAUAACCCACUCAAAAACGCCUACUGGAAGGAUAAGAAAGUCACUCCCUACUUGGCCUUGGCUCGCACAUUCCAAGUCAUCGAGGAGACCAAGGGCCGCCUCAAGAUGAUCGACACGCUGAGCAACUUCUUCAGCUCGGUGAUGCUGGUCAGUCCGGAGGACCUGGUGCCCAGUGUGUAUCUCAGCAUCAACCAACUGGCCCCUGCCUACGAGGGAUUGGAGCUGGGCGUGGCCGAAACCACCCUGAUGAAGGCCAUCUGCAAGGCCACGGGUCGCAAUUUGGCGCACAUUAAAUCGCAGACGCACCUGAUCGGAGAUCUGGGCAUUGUGGCCGAGCAAUCGCGCGUUUCCCAGCGCAUGAUGUUCCAGCCAGCGCCCUUGAACGUAAGGGAUGUGUUCAGGAAGCUGCGGGAAAUAGCCAAGUUAUCCGGUCAGUCGAAGAUGGAUCUGGUGUACAACAUGUUCGUGGCCUGCCGAUCGUCGGAGGCUCGCUUCUUCAUCCGCUCUCUGAUUGGCAAGCUGCGCAUUGGCAUUGCCGAGCAGAGUCUGCUCACCGCCCUGGCCAUUGGCCUGGUCAAAAAGAACCACAUCGACGACUGCAAAGCCAGCAGGGUGACAGAGGUGUAUAAGGAUGAAAUAGCAGAGACCACUUUGCUGCUCAAGACUGCCUACAGCCAAUGUCCCAACUACGACAUCAUUAUUCCGGCCAUCCUGAAGUACGACAUUAAGGAGCUGCAGGAACGCUGCCCCAUGCAUCCCGGCAUGCCGCUGCGGCCCAUGCUGGCCCAGCCCACCAAGGGCGUUCACGAGGUGUUCGAAAGAUUCGGCGGCAUGCAAAUCACCUGCGAGUGGAAGUACGAUGGGGAGCGGGCACAAAUUCACCUCAACGAAAAGGGCGAGAUCAGCAUAUUCUCGCGCAACUCGGAGAACAACACGGCCAAAUAUCCGGACUUGAUUGCCAGGAGCAGUGGACUGCUCAAGGGCGAAGUAAAGUCCUAUAUUAUUGACAGCGAAAUUGUGGCUUGGGAUGUCGAGCGUAAGCAGAUUCUGCCCUUCCAAGUGCUCAGCACGCGAAAGCGCAAGAACGUAGACAUCGAAGAAAUCAAGGUCCAAGUCUGCGUCUACAUAUUCGAUCUACUUUAUAUCAACGGCACGGCCUUGGUGACUAAAAACUUGUCAGAGCGUCGCAAACUGCUGCUGGAGAAUUUCCAGGAAGUCGAGGGAGAGUGGAAAUUUGCCACUGCCUUGGACACGAAUGACAUAGACGAGGUGCAACAGUUUCUAGAGGAGUCCAUCAAAGGGAACUGCGAGGGUCUUAUGGUGAAGACACUGGAUGAGGAGGCCACCUAUGAGAUUGCCAAGCGAUCCAGAAAUUGGCUGAAACUAAAGAAGGAUUACAUAUCCAAUGUGGGCGACUCACUGGACUUGGUUGUGAUCGGCGGCUACAAGGGAAAGGGCCGGCGAACUGGAACCUAUGGUGGAUUUUUGCUUGCCUGCUAUGACACCGAAAAUGAGGAAUACCAGAGCAUAUGCAAAAUUGGAACAGGCUUCACCGAUGAGGACUUGCAGACGCAUUCCGAGUUCUUGGGCAAGCAUGUGACGCCCAGUGCCAAGUCCUACUACAGAUACGAUGCCAGCCUGGAGCCGGAUCACUGGUUUGAGCCCGUCCAGGUGUGGGAGGUUAAGUGCGCCGAUCUGUCCCUGAGCCCCAUCCACCGAGCAGCCAUAGGGAUUGUGGACGGCGAGCGCGGCAUCUCGCUGAGAUUCCCCCGGUUCAUUCGCAUCCGCGAUGACAAGAACAGCGAGAACGCAACGGACGCCAAUCAGGUGGCCCACAUGUACCAGUCACAGGACCAGGUCAAGAAUAAUCAAAAAUCGUGUACACAGAUGGAAAUGGAGGACGAGUUCUAUUGACCCAUAACUGUCCCAUCCAAAUGUGCAACGUUUAUUUAACAAUAAAGUCCUUACGUUAUCGCUA